AUGAAUCGACUCAUUGUGGACUCACUCUUUGACUUUAACAGAGCCACUGUUAAAAGCUUUUCCUCUAUUUUUGAGUUGCAUGAGAAUGAGAAUGAAUGCAUGCCUGGUUUCAAAAAAGGGAUCAAGAAAUUGCCCGUACCUGACCUUUAUUAUGUUACCAGAAGUGAGAAUCACUUGCAAUUAUUGGAAACUAUUCGGGAACAAUCGGAUGGAGUACCUGUCUACUUGUUUGUACCAAUGUAUGACUCGAAAAAUAGAACGAGCAAGUUUGACAAAUUGCAACAAGUAAUAUUUGACAAGAUGCCAAUUAAUUGGAUUGAAGUUAGUACUGGAAUGAUAUGUGAUUUGAAGGAGAGUAGGAAUUUAAGAGAAAAGAAUUUGAAAAAGUUGAAAAAUGAUUUUGGAUAUAACGAGGAAAGUUUACAAAAAUUACAAAAUGAAUCUGGGGUCAUUCUAGCCCAAGGAAAGGAAUUUACAAUUAAAACUUUGAGUACUCCUGAAGAAGCUAUUGAAAUUGCAGAAACUUAUUACGAAGCAUUCUUUGAAGGAGAAGAAUUACCAAAAGAAGCAAGUCAAUACUAUGCUCAAUAUUUAUUGAAAUCCAAAGAUUAUGAAUGGGUUCUCGUCAAACAAGAUGGAAAAGUUGUUUCUUGUGGACAAGUUAUUAAGGGAAAAGAAACUGCUUCUCUAUUUUCCAUUACCACACGGCCAAACUAUCAAGGAAGAGGAUAUGCUUCCAUGGUUGUGACUCUGCUAUUAGAAAUUGCUCUUUUAAAUAAUUAUCAAUAUUGUGUAUUGCAAGCAACCAUGGAAGGAAGACCAAUUUAUGAAAAGAUUGGUUUCGAACACAGAUUUGACAUUCAAGUUAUUGGAACUCUGAGAGAUUUGAAUCCCAUUGUAAACAAGAUUGAAAAUUGGUUUGGAAUUUAUGAUAUUGAUUAUCAACAUUAUCAUCCUGUUAAAUAUUAUGGUAAAAUGAUUGGUUCUGCUGUUGUUGGACUUGGUUUGACUGGUUUAUUGAGCUAUUCACUUGUCAAUUAUUUAAACAAAUGA